CGCCCCGCGUCAGCGAUGGCCGCGGAGCUGAGUAUGGGGCCCGAGUUGCCCACCAGCCCGCUGGCCAUGGAGUACGUCAACGACUUCGAUCUGCUCAAGUUCGACGUGAAGAAGGAGCCGCUGGGUCGCGCCGAGCGCCCGGGCCGGCUCUGUACGCGCUUGCAGCCGGCUGGCUCGGUGUCUUCCACGCCGCUCAGCACGCCGUGUAGCUCUGUGCCCUCGUCGCCCAGCUUCAGCCCGACUGAGCAGAAGACUCACCUGGAGGACCUGUACUGGAUGGCGAGUAACUACCAGCAGAUGAACCCCGAAGCGCUCAACCUGACGCCCGAGGACGCGGUGGAGGCGCUCAUCGGCUCACACCCGGUGCCACAGCCGCUGCAAAGCUUCGACGGCUUCCGCGGCGCGCACCACCAUCACCACCACCACCACCCACACUCACAUCACGCAUACCCGCCCGCCGGCGUGGCCCACGACGAACUGGGCCCACACGUGCACCCGCACCAUCACCACCAUCACCAAGCGUCGCCGCCGCCGUCUAGCGCGGCCAGCCCCACGCAGCAGCUUCCCACCAGCCACCCCGGGCCGGGGCCGCACGCGGCGGCCGCGGCUACGGGGGCCGGCGGCAGCGGCAGCGUGGAGGACCGCUUCUCCGACGACCAGCUCGUGUCCAUGUCUGUGCGCGAGCUGAACCGCCACCUGCGGGGCUUCACCAAGGACGAGGUGAUCCGCCUGAAGCAGAAGCGGCGGACCCUGAAGAACCGGGGCUACGCCCAGUCGUGCAGGUAUAAACGCGUCCAGCAGAAACACCACCUGGAGAAUGAGAAGACGCAGCUCAUUCAGCAGGUGGAGCAACUUAAGCAGGAGGUGUCCCGGCUGGCCCGCGAGAGAGACGCCUACAAGGUCAAGUGCGAGAAACUCGCCAACUCCGGCUUCAGGGAGGCGGGCUCCACCAGCGACAGCCCCUCCUCUCCAGAGUUCUUUCUGUGAGUCGUGGCCGGUCUCGGCCCCCGCCCUUGCCCCGCCCUGGACUCCCAGUCCCUUGUCCCCAGCCCCGGACCCUCCUGGACCCUGUCCCUGCCACGGCCCCAGUCUUGACCUAUUUGACUUGGAGAGGGAGCAAGGGCGCGCGGGCCGCGGGCAAAGGGCGGGCGCGGGCGGGUAGGGGGACCUCGGCCAAGGCUAGAGCAACGCGCGUCAGCGCCGCCUCCUAGACUCGAGUAGAGACAGACCAGGGGGUGGGAGGUCCCGGAGCAACUUUUUUCCAGGCUGGAGGACAGCGGAUCAUAGUUCUAAGGAGUCUGGAAGGCCUGGUUUUCUGAACUUUGCGCGUUAGCCGGGGUCGCUUCCUCCCUGCUUUGAGCGCAGUUCGCCCCAGGAAGAGAGCAGCGACGAGAGGAAAGGAGGGGGACUUUGACUUACCCUCAGGCGCAAGACAAGGCUGAGCAGAGGACAGAAGGACGGAUGGACCUGUCUGUCCAUGGUCCAGAGAACACUGGCUCCAGUCUGGGGCCACGAGCCUCAGUUAGGACGUUCGCGCGAAAAUCUCAUCAGUUUUAUUGCCUGCUCGAUUAUAUAGAAAAAAAAAAACACACACGAAAAUCUGCAUUAAAAAUAUUAAUCCUGCAUGCUGGACAUGUAUGGUAAUAAUUUCUAUUUUGUACCAUUUUCUUGUUUAACUUUAGCAUGUUGUUGAUCAUGGAUCAUAACCCCCUUGGUUUUUUGUUUUGUUUUGUUUUUGGGGUGGAAGGGAUCGCACGUAGUUCGGAAACUCCAGCUGCGUGCGCUGUUCGGGUUUCAGUCCCGGCUGUUGGCUUGUAAAUACCGCCCCGCCAAAUCGCUUAGAGAACGUGGCCGCAAGCGGAGUGUCUUUGUUUGGGUUUAUUAUUAUGAUUUUUUUAUGUAAGU